AUGGAUGACCAUCUGGCUGCAGAAAUGAUAAGGAAUGGGCUGCAAGCAGAGAUUGUGGGAGAAGUGGCCGAUGAUAAGAGUAAAUGUCGGAAGCUGCUGAUGGCUAUAUCAAAAGAUGAAGGCAGCUGCACUGGACGUCCACAGGUCGGAUAUGAAAGAGUUGUUUGGAAUGCAUCGCGCCUCAGUACCGGUCUUAAGAUCGAUGCAAGCGCGAUUCCGGACUUCUCCUGUCGGACAUGUCGUUGGUAUGGAAGUUGGACAAAUAACGAAACGUUCUGGAGAAUAAUCUUGGGACGAACAAUCAUGGACUGGUCAUGGAGACGCAUUCGAAAAGUCUCAUAG